GCCCCGCCCCUUCACUAAAAGAGUGAGAAGGACAGACAGCGCUGCUGGAGCCUGGAAGUUCCUGCAUGAAUCAAACCUCACAACCUGAGCUGAGCUGGGCUGGACUGAACUAACAAAACCUGCUCGACAGAACUUCACCAAAACACUGCUUUGCAUUGCCUCGACAACGUUCUUCAAUCUUCAGUCGCUUGAAAGGAGACCGCCUUCUGUCAUGUGGUUUGUCUAGAACAGAACCCAAUAACCUGCCAUAGAUGCAAAUAGUUUGACGUGUCGAAGCAGGCGUAAAGCUUCUAAAACUGCUACUGAACUGCAGCUGUGACAGAAAAAUGAACGAAUGAAAUGUGAUCUCUCUGACACCGAGUGGUUCUUCAGGGUAUUGCAAUCUCAACCCAUUUUCGCCCACCACCAUGUCCACUCAUAAACGAAAACCCCCGUUGAACUCUGGGGGAUCAUCAAAAGAAUCCCUGCAACCUCCGGUGUGCCAACACAGAGAUCGCUCACCUUCACCCAUACGGGGCUUCAAUAUUCCUAGCCCCUUGCCUACUCGCAGGAACAGGACCUGCUCAGCAGCGGCUCGUGCAUCAGAGGGUCCGGUGUUUUCUGGCGUGUGCAAAGGUUUUUCCCGCUCCAAAGGUCAUGGCUUCAUCAUACCUGCCGAUGGGGGCAACGAGAUCUUUGUCCACAUCUCAGACAUUGAGGGUGAGUACGUGCCAGUGGAAGGCGACGAGGUGAGCUACAAAGUGUGCGCCCUCCCCCCAAAAUGCGAGAAGGUCCAGGCGGUCGAGGUGACCAUCACCCACCUUAAGCCAGGAACCAAACACGAGACCUGGACUGGAAAUGUUGUCAGCAGCUGAACGCUUGAAUUACGCUGUAUAGCAAGUACUGGAUGAUGGGCUUAAAUAGCUAAAAGCACACAUUUCGUGAAAAAUACAAGGGAACCAUUGCUACUUUCUCACCGAAAGGUCUUCUUUUGCCUUCUGGCAAAUUGAUAUCUAUACUGUAAUUUCAAACAUUGAUUUUGACAGGUAUAACACAAAACUUAUGAUUUUUUGUGUCAUACUUAAAUUUUUGACACUGUGGAGGUUUCACUUAGUUUUUGUUUGUUUGUUUUUUUAAACCUGGUCAACACUGUGCCUACAUCUGCCAUUGGAACUUCAACUUGUUCUUGUGCCUAUGAUACAUUGCCUGUAUUUGAUCACAUAGUUGGACAUAUUGAAUGAAAUUAAAGAGUUGUUAGCAUCUAAA